AUGACUGUACUGGUCGAUCUCCCACCAGGCUUCGCCGAUGUUUUACCGACAGAAACGGUUGCGAAGCUUAGAGCUAUUCAUCAAAAUGAUAACUUGACGUGGCAGCAGAAACACCAGCAAAUUGAUGCGAUAAUGAACUCUCUACCACCCGAAAUACUCGAUCGGCUACCAGCUCCACCAGGCUUCAGUAUGUUACCAGCUGAAAUACAAGCCAAAUUCAAGGCCAUUCAACAACACAGCGGUCUGAACUGGCAACAACGACAUGCGAAAAUUCUCGAAAUCAUGCAAUCGAUGACACCCGACCAAAGAAUGUUACUUCCGCCUGCUCCACCGUCAUCGCCUCCGAUAAGUGCCACAAUGAAUCGCAGCGAUGAUCUGUUUCUCGAAGAUCUGUUAAUCGCUAUCGUUGAACAUGCUACUCUUUUCAAUUUUCAGUUUCAAGAGAAAUUCUCCUCAGCAAACGCGGUAAAUCGUGAUCUCAACCCGGCAAGUCCUGGUCCAGCACCGCAAAAUUUGGCUCGGCUCAGUAAAUGA